CCUUCUACCUCUAAUUUGAAACUGAAUUCCAGGGCCUGCCUUAAAUUUCGGCCACUUUGGUGCAGCCAGGCAGCAACCAUCACAACAGGAAUCCUUCUAGAUGCUUUCUUGCCAGUAGUAUCACUGCCAAAGCUAGCUUUAUGCUUUGCCUUUUUUUCUUUAGAUUGUUCCCAGGGAAGCAACUGAACAAUGCAAGGAUUUCCUCUGACCAGCAUAACCCGCCUGCAAACUGUUGAUUUCCUUAUUUUUCAUUUCAGCCCCCUGGAUUCAGUCCAGCAACCACUGCCCAUCCCAGAGAGUGAACAGGAGGAACUCUGUGGUUGCUUCAAAUUGUGGGGUUGCAGCAAGGCUGUGGAUCUUAUUUUUUAGCUCACCUCAGUUGCUACCCAAUCAAAGGGGAAGGCUUGGUGUGAGAAACCUCCUAUCUAGGUGGCUGUGCAUUUCUGGGAUAAAUCUGUUUCUACGGUUUCAAUCUGUCGAGCAUUUGAUCUGCAUUGAUACCCUUAUGCUUCAUGCAUUAGAUAGUCAUAGUAGCAGUGUGGGGAUAGGCAGCUUGGAGACGUUUUAUUCUAGAAAAGAGACUGUUUUAUUGCAAAAUGUGUUGAGUAUUCCUGUUCUGAUAUUGCACUGUACAGUGAAGAGUGCAACAAGCUGGCUUCUGGGAAACUUUUGAUGCUGCUCACUUGUGCUACAAAUUAAAUUCUAUGGAUUUUCUGAGAAGCAAAUAAGCAAAAUGCUAAAUUUCUGAAGUGUAACUAACUAGAAAGGAGGAGGCAUUUUCCAGAAUUUACUCAUGGAUUAAAAUUAAGAUAUUGGAUCCUGAAUUGUGAUUGGACCAUCCUUAAUGGGAAUACUUACGAAAAUAUUUUGAAUGAACCAGACGUGAGAGAUACCAAUUCUGUGACAUUCAAGGCUGCAACUACAAUCCUUGUUAUUAAUAUCAACUGCUGGCAAGCAAGUUUUCUUGCUCAUGAAUCCCUGCCAGGCUUCUUCUGUUGGACAUUUUGGGAAUCUUAAGUUCUUCACCAUUGGACUGAGAACAAAAGGAACAGUCUAUUUGGAGAACAGAACAGUGACGUCCAGCCUCAUCCACGGCCGCCAUGCCGUCUAAUGCCCGGGCUGGCAGUUUGAAGGACCCUGAAGUGGCUGAGCUGUUCUUCAAGGAUGACCCUGAAAAGCUCUUUGUUGACCUGCGGGAGAUUGGUCAUGGCAGUUUUGGAGCUGUCUACUUUGCCAGAGACAUACGCAACAAUGAGGUGGUGGCUAUUAAGAAGAUGUCCUACAGUGGAAAGCAGUCUAAUGAGAAAUGGCAGGACAUUAUCAAGGAGGUGAAAUUUUUGCAAAAGCUACGACACCCAAACACAAUUGAAUACAAGGGCUGCUACUUACGGGAACAUACAGCAUGGCUGGUGAUGGAAUACUGCCUAGGCUCAGCCUCAGAUUUGCUGGAAGUGCACAAGAAGCCACUGCAGGAAGUAGAGAUUGCAGCCAUAACACAUGGUGCUCUGCAGGGACUUGCCUACCUGCAUUCACACAAUAUGAUCCACAGGGAUGUGAAAGCUGGGAAUAUCCUUCUGACUGAACCAGGACAAGUGAAGCUGGGGGACUUUGGCUCAGCUUCUAUAAUUGCUCCUGCUAACUCCUUUGUUGGCACCCCAUAUUGGAUGGCUCCCGAGGUGAUUCUAGCCAUGGAUGAGGGGCAGUAUGAUGGCAAGGUGGAUGUCUGGUCACUUGGCAUCACUUGCAUUGAACUUGCGGAGCGCAAACCACCCCUCUUUAACAUGAAUGCUAUGAGUGCCUUAUACCACAUCGCCCAGAAUGAUUCACCACUGCUGCAAUCUAGUCACUGGUCUGAAUAUUUCCGAAAUUUUGUGGAUUCAUGCCUACAGAAGAUCCCCCAGGACCGUCCAACCUCUGAUGUGCUGCUUAAGCAUCGCUUUCUCUUGAGGGAGCGACCCCAGACGGUUAUCAUGGACCUGAUUCAGAGGACCAAGGACGCAGUGAGGGAGCUUGACAAUCUGCAGUACCGCAAGAUGAAGAAAAUCCUCUUCCAGGAGGCUCAGAAUGGUCCAAACGCAGAGGCACCAGAAGAGGAAGAGGAAGUAGAGCAGUUUCUUCACCGGACAGGAACCAUCAAUAGCAUGGAGAGCAGCCACUCGGUACCCAGUAUGUCCAUUAGUGCCAGCAGUCAGAGCAGCAGCGUUAACAGCCUGGCUGACGCCUCAGAUGAUGAUGACGGGGCUGAGAUUGCCAUGAUGCAGGAAGGCGAGCACACCGUCACCUCCAAUAGCUCCGUCAUUCACCGUCUGCCGGGCCAUGACAAUCUGUACGAUGAUCCCUACCAGCCGGAAAUGGAGCCCCAGAGCUCAUCGUCAGCCGCCCGACGUCGUGCCUACUGCCGUAACCGAGAUCACUUUGCCACCAUUCGUACAGCUUCUCUGGUGACUCGCCAAAUCCAGGAGCAUGAGCAAGACUCAGCACUGCGGGAUCAGAUGAGUGGCUACAAACGGAUGCGGCGUCAACAUCAGAAACAGUUGCUGGCUUUGGAGAACAAACUGCGGGCUGAACUGGAUGAGCACCAGCUGCGUCUCGACAAAGAGCUUGAGGCCCACCGCAACAACUUUUCAGCUGAAGCUGAAAAACUGGCCAAGAAGCAUCAGGCUAUUUUUGAGAAAGAGGCAAAAGCUGCCCUGGCUGAAGAGAAAAAAUUUCAGCAACAUAUCUUGGGUCAACAGAAGAAGGAGUUGGGCAACUUACUUGAAUCACAGAAGCGCCAAUAUAAAUUACGGAAGGAGCAGCUGAAAGAGGAGCUGCAGGAGAAUCAGAGCACACCCAAGCGGGAAAAGCAGGAAUGGUUGCUGAGACAAAAAGAGAAUAUGCAACACUAUCAGGCUGAAGAAGAGGCCAACCUUUUGCGGCGCCAGCGGCAAUACUUUGAGCUACAAUGCCGCCAGUACAAACGCAAGAUGCUACUGGCACGCCAUAACUUGGACCAAGAUUUGCUGCGGGAGGAACUGAACAAGAAACAAACACAGAAGGACCUGGAGUGUGCCAUGUUGCUGCGCCAGCAUGAGUCCACCCAGGAGUUGGAAUUUCGUCACCUUCAUACUGUCCAGCGUACCCGCACAGAGCUUACCCGUCUGCAACACCAAACUGAGCUGUCAAACCAGCUGGAAUACAAUAAACGUCGUGAACAGGAACUGCGCCAGAAGCAUGCCAUGGAGGUCCGGCAACAGCCUAAAAGCCUCAAAGUAGGUGCUACCUACACUCCGCCUUGCUGCCAGUUGUGCCCAGAAGGGCAGGUUGUGGGAAUUCUGGAGUCAGGGCAGGGGCACUUGGGGGUGACAGAAAUGGACAGAUAUGAGGCUGAAAGUCUAGACUUUGGACAGGACCUUUUGGGUGGGUGUGAUCCUUGUGACAGUGUGGCGGGGGAUCAUGAGCAUCUGGCAGAUUUGAAAUACAUGCCCAUUGAGUAUCUAGAUCCCAAAGGAUGUCAGUUGGACGUCCUGGAAUCAGAUUGUGUUUGUGAUGAUCCAGGUGAUGGCACACAUGUUGGAGAGGUUUUGGACUCAACUCAGGGCGAAGCUGAGGGAGUAAAUGUGGGAAGAAAAUAUCCAGACCUUUUAGGGAAGUAUACACAUGCAAAGAACAUUUUUAAGCCUGAGCUAGACAGUCACGAACAGGUGGUCCAGGAAAGCAAUCAAGAGGAGGAAACUUCAGAGCUGGAAGCAGUGCAUGUUGGGUCUCAUGUCCAAGAGUGGUCACAGAAGGGUGUUCUAGGCUUGAGGGAUCAAGGCGUAGAGCCUUUGAUGUCAGAAAUGAGAGAUUGCGGAGAGGCGAAGCCAGAUUGGCCCUACAUGGCAGAUAUAAUUCCAGAUGAGCAGGAAGCAGCAAUUUUGGAGGAAAGACAGGAGUGUCUGGGGCUUGAUGGGGAGGAUCACGAUGUCUUAGGUUCAAGCAGCAAAGAGUGGAAUUUAGACUAUUCUAUGGCAAGCCUAAAACAGCAAGAAGUAUAUAGCAAGGGAGUUACCGAUGUAGGUCUCCACCAGACAUUUCUUGGAGAGCUAGAUGGCUGCAGAGACGCUUCUGAGGCUCUGCUGCCAAUCUGGGGGCGACCAGGUGCUCCCAAGCCUGAUGGCCAAGAAGCCGAUGAUGAGCUAGAACCAUUUCUGUGCACAGAGGAUUUGUACACUCCGUCUCUCCCCACUAUCCUUGAGGAGGGGUCCUUGAGAGGAUCAGGUGAUGGCUGCCCAGCCAGUGACGAUCCUUACAGUCAACAGGGGGCUGGCAAGUCCCAUCCAGGGGCCUCUCCUGUGGCAACCUUUCUGCCCCAUGUUCUCUGUGUGGCUUUGGCCUUGUUGGUCUCUGCAUAUCCUUGUGCCCCCACUCUCUUGCUUUUGCUCGCUGCUCUCUGGGCCCAGGGGGGGAGUUUUCAAGAUAUCCUCCUGGCCCUUGAAGGAUUCUUAGUGGGCCUGGGGGUUACAUACACCCUGUUGCAUUCUGUUUUUCUUCUCUCAGGGUCCUCCUUUCUUCUUCUUAUCAAGUUGGGGGGUACGGUGGGCGUGGUAGGGUUGAGUGCCAACAGGGGGCGCCUAUAUGUUCCGGUCAUUCUUUUGGCCUCCUACCUCUUAGCUUCUCCCUGGGUUUUCCUGCCCCUUUAUCUCCUUGGGGCCCUGGCCAGGCGCACCCUAAAGGGAUUCCCCCGCCACGCCCGUCGGUUUUUGCUCUUGGCUCUCCUGCAUUUCCCACGCCCAGUUUUCCGCAUCCUGCAGCGCCUAGGGCUGGUUAGCGAACAGGGGCUCUUCCGCCUCUUUCCCAAAACAAACAAAGGCAACUUCCGGAGUCGUAUCCCAGUGCUAUCCCGCCAGCGGCAGCCAUCCCUCCCUUGGCACCACUGGAUUCUCUCUCUCCUUGCCAAACCAAUCCGUACCCUCAACAGGAUUCUCACCAAGGUAAUCUGCGCUCAGCUGCCCCCUUCCAUGCUUCACUGCCUCAAGGGCUUAUAUGUCUUGAGGGAGGAAAGGCCCAGCCGUAUCCCCUGCUUGGUGGCCCGUGCGGCCAGGCCCGGAGUCCAUUCCAGCGGGCCAGUGAGACGGUUGACUAGAAGUAGUGGUCGUGUGCGCGAGUCCCACCCUGUCAGGAAGCCCUGGAGAUAACCGCCCUCAGUAUCUUGGGUUUCUAUACCUUGCCUAACAUUGUGAAACAAGCCAUUCCAGUUGAAUUGCUGCAUCCUGUCUCUUCCAUGCAAUAUUCGUGCCGUGGGCCAGCUUCUGGAACUCUGGGCAAUCAGACAGAAGCACUUUUUCAGUAUUUACUCUCAAAGCCAUUUUUUUUUCCUCCCUCCAAGGUUUGUUGAUGUUUCGCUGUCUUGUUACCAAGAGGCUCUGGGCAGGAUGUGUUUGGUAAAAGAAACUUUAAUAUGGGCAGAGAGGAAAACCAAACCUUGUGCAAGCUCUGAUUGUUUACAUAUAGGGGAUGGAUGGGGGGGGGGUUGUCUUGUGUUCAUUGUGUCAACGAGGAAAGAAUCACCUGAUCCCUUUUGAGUCAGCUAUUUGGGAGGGCCAAAUAUUUCCUAUUUCCAUCAUCUGGCAUAAGACGUUGAGCUCCAGGUUUGCCAAUCCUUACAAAUUCUUUCUCGUAACCCCUAUUUAAAAGAUCCAGUAAUAGCUGUUUUUUCCAUCUUCAGCAUCUCUUGCACAAUGCGGAAAUACAUACGUGCCUUCAUUUCAAGCCAUUUUUACCUUCUGAAAAGCUUUGAAUUCCAAUUCCUGCUAAAAUACAUUAAUUCUUCAUCUCCCACAGAGAAAAAGAAACCCCCUUUACAAUGAAAUGAAAAGUUGAGAAAUUAAACAUGUUUUGAAAACCCAAAUUUUUCAGCUCUUGAGUGUUUGCCUAGUUUUAAGUGAUUCUUUCGCCGUUCAUAUAUAUUUCCACCAUUGGUAUGUGUCUGUGUGCAUGUUUAUACACACACACACACACACACACACACACACACACACAUAUAUAUAUUUAUCAUUUUUCACCAUAUAUGUAACAAUCCCCCUUUUUAAAAGUUUGAACUUGAAUGUACAUAUUUGUAUUUGUGGGUAGGUUGGUAAGUUUUAUAUAUAUUUUUAUGGAGGGAGGAAAGGGGCGCUAAUACAAUUUUUAAACAAUACAAUUUGACUGAAAAUGGGAGAAAUUCAUAAAAUGACAGCUUAUUGCUAUAGAUUUUUUCACUUGAAACAAUAAUGGGCCAUCCAGUAGCUUUUUUUCCCCUUUUUUCUUUUUUUAAAUGAGAAACCACAUGCUGGCAUUUGAAGUGAAUGGCUUGGCAUUGAGGUGGUUUGCUUUAGCGUAGGCAGUUGCAUUUUGGUCAAAGAGAAGAAAAAUUACUAAAUAUGAAAUUUUAAGUUUCUGUACGAAUGUCUUCUGCAGCCAGGACAUAGGCAACCUCUUUAAAUUACAUAAAAAACAAAGUUGUUUUGUCUUUUAAUGCUUCCCCCAGCGUGGUUUGAGGCCUUAUAAAUAAGAGAGCAGCCUUUUCAUUUUUUUUUUAUUUAUUUUUUUACAAAACUGGAAACCUAGACCAUCUCUAAAGUGCAGGGACAGAUCUCAGAACUGUGAUGCUCCAUUUUUCUUAUCUUUGCCAGGGGCCAGAUAUGCCUUAUCUUCCAAGGAAUGGUGUGCCCCAUUUGGAGGAACUGCCUCAUAACAUCACAAACCCCUUUCCUUUACUUUUUAUACUUCUUUUAAACUUCGCUACCAUAUCAUUUUCAAGAAACAUUUCCUUAAGCUUUAAGGUGAAAGUGUUAACACACACAUACCUCAUUGGCUAGUAUGACAUGCUUGUCCCCCCCAAUCACCUGCGGCUUGCUCCUUAGUGACCAUGUCACAGUGGGAGGAGAGGCUUAUUUUUUACAUCCAAUUAACAGCCAGACUAGAGAAUUCUGGAAAAACCAAAUACUUGUGCUGCUUUCCUGUAUGGAUCCACCUUUUUCCCUUUUUAAAAACUUUGAGCAGGUAAGCACUAUCACAACCUGUCCCUCUCUUCUGAUAAAUACCCUCUAGAUAUUUAUCUUAUAAAUGCAGUAUCUUGAUCCAUUUUAAUUGUGAAAUCCCCUGCAUUGGGAUGACUUGUCAAAGAAACGGGAAGCUGCUGUAUAAAAUUCCAGUUUAGUUUGCAUUUGUUGUUUUGUUGGUUAACUAGCUUUCAGAAGUUUUAUUUAUUUGGUAGGGAAUAAAACAAAAGCUCAGUUAAUUCUAUAUAAACAUAUAAUCACAGAAUCAAUAUUUUUUUAACUCACUCAGGAUGUUUAUGCGACUGACCACAAAGAGAUUUUGGGAAUAAAUCCCAUUUGUUUCAAUAGCAGUUAAUUAAGAAAAUUGGCUUUGCCGUGGCUAAGAUUUUUGUCUUUUUGAGUUCUUCAUCAACUGCAGGUAACACCAAGUUUUCUAGAGUUAAAUCAGUUUGAAACAGUCUUCAUUUCUAUUUAUUUUGGUAGCGUAAUUUUAGAACGGUUACUUCUAAGCAUUUCUAUGUAUUUUUUCAGUUUCUUAUAUCCAUUCAGGUUCUAGCUAGUCCAGUUCCCUUCUCCCAAUUUGCAAUCUCGCCCAUUUCAGAUUAUCCUAAGUUAGAUAUAAUUCCAUGUUCACUGAUUCUGGCUUUUGGUCCCAUGUUUGCAUAAAGCACAUACCUUGCAUUUCUCCCUUUUUUGGUUCAUCUGUGAUUUUUUUAAUUUAUUCCAAUUUUGCAUCAUCCAUGGAUUUGUGUAUUUUUUUAGCAUUCCUCUUAACCUUUAUUUUUUUUGGCCAAACUUGUUUUCAUUAAUCUAGAUUCUAUUUUGUCCAUUUUAAUAAUGUAUUUUGUAUUCCCAUUUUUUCUGUGUUUGAACUAUGUUUUUUUUUCUCUAUCUUCACCAUUUUAAAAAACUAUGUUAAAUAUUUUUAAUUUAUUUCUCCCAUUUUGUGUGGGGGGACAUUCUUCUGUGGUUUAUUUAUUUCUCCCUUCCCUGUUGUGGAUGCAUGUGAAAUUUUGAAGGAAAAAGAAAUAAAAAUUCUGCACCACAAGUCA